AUGGAUAUGCUAUCUAGGACAAGACAUCCGCAAGUCAAAACAAUAAAAACCAAAAAGGUCGACACCAAGUCCACACCCAACCAACAAGUCUCGCCAUCCAAACACAAGGGCUGUCAGUCACCAAAACGAACAGAACAAAAGAAGGGUCCUUUUGCUACUCUUUGCAGCAAAGUCAUUCUUCAAAUCAACGCAAGAGUUGUGGCCAUGUCCUUCCCCCCACCCCAGGUCAAUUCGUCUCUGCCUCCUCCAGCGCCUUCCUCCGGUCCUCCAGGACAUCCGGAAAUAACUGUCGAUGGACGUCGGGUCCUUUCUCAACUCAAAAACACCGCAACGCUUGGGCAUGUGUCGUCAAAGUCGGGUGAUGUUCCGACAAUCGCUCAAGGACUGGCCUCCAUUCAACUUGGGCCUGCCAACCCCCUUGGUCAUCGCACCACAUGGGAUGUUGCAGCGGACGUUGAUCAUGGACCAAGUGACGUCAGUGAUACCAAGUCCGUAUCCCCAGGCCGUCCGUCGAAGAAUGGACUCAGAAAACGUUUUUCGACACCUUUCAAGGGAGACCUCAAAGUCAAAGAGACAAUUCCCGCUUCAGCAGCUUCAUCAGCGCCCGUUACGCUCAUUGGAACUGAGGGACGCAUCCAGUCUGUCGCACCUGACCGUAACGCCGUGCCUGUCUCGUUGGGACUGCACUCACCAGCUGAAAUGUCGUCCACGACACUCGUUGUCUCAGCUACCAAGUUGCGACCGAACCCUGCUGCGGGUGGAACCCUCCGCGUAGAUAUCUUCCCUGAAAACGUCAUCAAACCCAUCUACAAGACCGACUUGCCCAAGCCGCAUGCUCGUGUUGACAAGACCCCGCAGCUUGUCUACUGCUGCAGUCUGCUCUCCAAGAUUCCAGGAUCGUUGCAACCAACCUCGGACAGCGAUGUCUCCCAGGAUUCCCCCCUUGACGACAAGGAGAAGGAAUGGGUUCAGCUCAUUGAUCCCGUCUUACAGGACCGGUAUCGAUGGCUCGUUGAGCAAUUGGUCAGAGUAUUCGCUGACAACCCACUCAAGGCAUCUGAUGUGGUCACCGAGAUCGUUCUUGUUGGUCCCGUCCUUGAGCGCGGCAUAUACCGCAGCCUGCUCUCUUGCUUCAUCUCCAAGUUUGAGCAGACAACACCGCUGGAUGUCACUCUGCUCCAAGGUAUUGUGCAAUUGGUCGAGUGCGCCUCAUCUGGAUACCUUGUUGACGAUGAUCUGGUCAGGAUCACCACCGUUCUCUCCAAGGAGCUGUCGAUUACCCACAUUGGCACGAGCGACCACCCCUUGCACCUGACAUUAUCGCUCGCUCGAGUUCUCGAUGUGAUGGUGACUGGCGAGGUUAAGGACUUGAACCGUGAUCGAGACCAUCAGCCGAUGCUGCAGCUCCUGGACAGCCUGAAGAACAACAACAAUGUUGUCCAGAGGUACGAAGCAACCUACGCCUACCAGGCCCUCCAGUAUGCACCAGAUGACGAGACUCCGCUCCAAGUGUUGUGGAGGUAUGCCAAGGUUGCAGCGGCAGGCGCAGGUGCAGUGUCGAGUGUUUUCAAAUUGGAUCCUGAAGGACUCCUCAAAGGCAUCGAGAGUCUUCAAGAGAUCGGUGCAGGGGUUGUGGGAGCUGUUGGCACAGGAAUUGAGGUCAUCGAGACCCUUCGUGUUGGUGCUGAUGGGGCCGUCCGGGCGUCGGAGAACAAGUUCGACUUUAUUCAGAAGCGCUCAUGGUAUCUCGCCCUUCAAGGAACGGCCCUCUUCAUUCACCAGGGGCGACUUUCGGACUUUAACCUAGUCGUCAGCCAAGCGCCUUGCCGCAACAAUCCCAACUUUCAGUGGGGAGUCUGUCGCCAGGUCGGAGAGAUUGCGGUCGACCCGCUCUGGGAUGUUCUUGUCCGCCAGCAGGCCGUCGCCUUUCUGAAUGAACUAUACAGAGGCGGCUCUGACUGGAAACCGCAUGUCGAUGUCAAGCGCUGGAUCCUCACCAUCCUCAUCCAGAUCUCGAGGAUGUCGGAUGUCUCUAUCAAGGAUCGCGCUGGUGCUUUGCUGCUGGACCUGAAGAAGGGCGGUAUCGUCGAGUAUCCUGGUUCUUUUUCGCUAAGCAGACGCCUCCCUCUGCCAACAGCCUCUCCACUUCUCGCUCAGGUCCAAGAGAUCAUCACAGUCGAAUAUGACCUGCACGUAUUGAGGUUGAUGAGGAUUGCCGACUACAAGCAGGCGGUCUACAUCGACCCCAUGGCCAAACUCAACCUCCAAGACACAGACGACAAUCUGUUCCCUCUUAUGGACAAGGUUAGAGACUUUAUUGCCAGCGGCUCUCAGGUCAUGCUUGUUCUUGGGGACUCGGGGGCCGGAAAAUCGACAUUCAACCGGCACUUGGAACACGAGCUCUGGCAGGAGUACAAGGCAGGAGGCCGCAUCCCGCUUUUCGUCAACUUGCCAUCCCUCGAUCGACCAGAGAAGGAUUUGGUUGGGGAGCAAUUGAGGACCUACAACUUUUUGGAGGACCAGAUCCGUGAGUUGAAGUUGCACCGCCAGCUUAUAUUAAUCUGUGAUGGAUACGACGAGAGCCAGCUUACAUCGAAUCUGCAUACCACCAACCUCUUCAACCAGUAUGGGCAGUGGGACGUCAAGUUACUCAUUACCUGCCGCACUCAGUAUCUCGGACCGGACUAUCGAGGUCGCUUUGAGCCCAAGGCGGUGGACCAGUAUGUUAAUGUUGCCAAUGACCUUUUCCAGCAAGCCGUCAUUGCCGCGUUCAGCAGGGAGCAGAUCGAAGACUAUGUAGAGCGUUAUGUUCCUCUCGAGCCGCGAACCUGGGUCAAGAAGGACUACAUGGAUAAGCUAGAGACUAUCCCCAAUCUGAUGGAUCUGGUCAGGAACCCUUUCCUCCUUACCCUGUCACUGGAGGCCCUUCCUACUGUCGUGCAAGGGAAAAUUGACCUCUCCAGACUUCGAGUCACUCGUGCGGAACUGUACGACACCUUUGUGAGGCACUGGAUGGGUGUCAACAAGCGUCGUCUGCAGGAUCAACAUUUGAGCGAGAGCAGUCAGAUAGCGUUUGACGUCCUCUGUGCCGACGGGUUCGAGCGCCACGGUAUUCUGUACCAGAUCGAUCUGGCGACAUCCAUCUUUCAGGAGCAGGAUGGCAGACCUGUUGUCGACUACUCUCAUAUGAGAGACAGGAAGACAUGGAAGGCUCAGUUCUUUGGUCUUGAUCCUGAGAGGGCGCUCCUUCGAGAUUCCAGUCUGUUGAGUCGCGCGGGCAAUCAAUAUCGCUUUGUCCACCGCUCCGUGUUGGAAUACUUUUUCUCUUUCGCCAUCUGUGGACCCGUCAAGGAGCAUGAAGAGCUUGAUCAGCCUGUUUUUGCCGAUACCUCCGCCACGUCGCCCACCAUCGGCGCCCACCCGUUGUCUCAGAGGAAUCUUGUCGUAGAGCUCUCAAUCAUUCAGUUUCUGGCGGAGCGCGUGCAACUGGGCUCUGGAUUCAAGGAUGAGCUCCUCGCCAUCAUUGAGCUGUCCAAGACCGACGAACAAGCAGCUCGAGCCGCUGCGAACGCCAUCACGAUCUUGGUCAAGGCAGGAGUACAAUUCAACGGAGCCGAUCUUCGGGGUAUUCGAGUUCCUGGAGCGGACAUGUCUGGAGGCCAGUUCGACUCGGCACAACUGCAGGAAGCUGACUUGACAGAUGUCAACCUCACCAAGAGCUGGAUUCGUCAGGCAGACUUCACCAAGGCGCAGAUGGAGGGAGUUCGGUUCGGAGAACUGCCGUACCUGAAGGAGAGUUCUUACGUAUUCUCGUGCGCCUAUUCCACUGACGGAACAUCUCUCGCUGUAGGCCUACAAUACGGCAGUAUCAACAUUUACGACACCUCGAUGUGGAGAAUGACUCGCAUUUUUCGAGGGCAUCAUUCGUGUGUAGACAGCAUUGUCUAUUCGCCAACCAGUCUUCAACUUCUUUCAGGAAGCGACGACAACACAGUACGAUUGUGGGACUGCGAGAGUGGGUCAUGCGUUUUUGUUCUGGAGCAUAUCGGCCAAGUGUGGACUGUAGCGUUUUCACCUUCUGGCAAGCAGGUCGCUUCGGCUGGAGCGGACAAGACUGUGAUGUUAUGGGAUGUUCAGACAGGCGCCAAUCUAUCCAACUUUACCAGUCAUAAUAGCAAUAUUCAUAACAUUUCCUACUCGCCCGAUGGACAUACAAUCGUGUCUGUUGGCGCUGAUAGGAUGAUCCGGUUCUUUGACACACAGACCGGACAGCCAAGAGAAGUCUGGGAGAGUCAAAGCGAUUGGAUGAAUAGCGUCGCAUUCUCUCCUGAUGGCCUAGAGAUUGCCGUAGGGCAGGGCAACGGGGAGUUACUGUUCUACAACACAGCUACCGGCAAGCCAACGAGGAAUUGGAAGGCUCACGGCGAAGCAGUCGAGAGUGUGAGCUUUUCGCCGAACAACCAGCGGGUCGCUACAUGCAGUCAUGACGGCACGGUGAAGAUCUGGAGUUCAGCAACAGGAUCGGUUCUUUCCAUCUUUGCCGGCCAUAGUUCUCGAGCUCUCCAAGUAGUCUUUUCGCCAAACGGUCUCCAACUUGCCUCGUGUAGUCUUGAUAAGACCAUUCGACUCUGGGACGUGAGCUCGCUGGGUACAGGCAUGGAUAUGGACGGUGGCUCCGAUCCGUUGACGAGCGUACUUUUUUCUCCAGACGGUCGAGUUCUCUUCUGUGGUUCCAAGUCAGGAGCUGUGCGGCAGUUUGAUGCAGGAUCUGGAGCGUCUGGGCUAGCUAUUGCUUGCGGAGACAAUCCUGUCAGAUGCCUAGCGGUCUCCCCGGAUGGUCGUCGAAUCGCGUCAGUUGGAACGAACGACAAAUUCGUCACUGUGUGGGACAUUGGAACAGGUCAAGCCCGCGUUGUCUUGCGCGGUCAUACAGUACGGGUGAAAACUUUGGCCUUUUCAGCCGACAGCCGCUGGAUUGCCACCGGCAGCGACGACAGGACAGUGCGACUUUGGGAUGCCCGCUCAGGGAUACUCGACCGCGUGCUAGAAGGCCACACCUGGAUAGUUGAUUGUUUGGCAUUCUCGUCAGAUAGUCGUCAAAUUUUGUCGGGAAGUUGUGAUGGAACUAUUCGAGCGUGGGAUUUGGACAGUCGUGGGUGUAGAGUCGUUGUGGUUGCUGGCCGUGCAGAGGGAGGAGAAGUCCGAGGAGAGUGGAAGUGUUUGGUGCGUAUCAGAGAUAUCUUUGGAGAUGUCAAGAGCAUGGCUUGGAAACCUGAUACGCUGGAGUUUAGCAUCGUAUGCGAGAGUGAGACCCUUCAAGUGUGGAGACUGGUGGAGAGGUCGACAUCAUUGUCGGAUGCAUGGUCGGCCCAGUUGGUUUGGAGCUCUGGACAUCUCGUACUAGCCACCUCGGAUGCAGUUACUGCUAAUGCUGUUGGUCUCUCCUCAGCCAAUCAGCAAUUGCUCACUCAGCGUGGCAAAGGUGCUGCUGCUUGA